ACAGGAUGACCAGCAAACCACAAACCCAGUCAAAACCACACAGGGGCGCCAAUAACUCACAGCUAGGCUCAGCAUCAUUCAUCACAAUUAGCACAACAAAACAAGCAAGUUCAGCUUCAUUCGGCUAGUGUGCACUGCUCACUGGUGCAACAGAAAUGUCAGACUGAUGAUUUAAGCAUUUGUCAACCUUAAAAGUUGCUUUCAUAAUAUAAAUUCAUAAUGAUUAAUCUUCUGCUUAAUGAAAUACGUGCAAUAGACACAGAGCAGCUUCUCAGAAAACCAGUAAUUGAAUUGACUCACCUUUUUUCAAAUCAUCUUAUUUGGACUCAGGAUAAACUAUCCAUCAUUUUAACAUCCAUUCAUUUCAUGUCUUUGGAGCACGAAGGCGAUCCACACAGAGAGCACUCCUGACUGACGCUCUGUGGCUCUAGGGGAAACUUUGGGGCAUGUCCAAACAAGCCCCGGCAUCCCGUCCCUCCACAUACUCACACCCCCUUUUUUCCUCACAUAGAAUGAGACCGAAUGCAUCCCGCCACAGUCCUCCGAGUUUCCUGAAGGCUUCUUCACAGUGCAGGAGAGGAAGGAUGGAGGGCUCAUCAUUUAUUUUAUGCUUAUUUUCUACAUGCUUUUGGCUGUCGCUAUAGUCUGCGACGAUUACUUUCUGCCAUCAUUAGAAGUAAUCAGUGAACGUCUGGGAUUGUCACAGGACGUAGCAGGAGCCACAUUUAUGGCAGCUGGAAGUUCUGCACCUGAACUUGUCACAGCCUUCCUAGGUGUGUUUGUGACAAAAGGGGACAUUGGGGUCAGCACCAUUGUGGGAUCGGCUGUCUACAACCUGCUAGGAAUCAGUGGUGCCUGUGGACUUUUAGCCUGUAUGGCUGGGCGUCUCACCUGUUGGCCACUAUUCAGGGACUGCCUGGCAUAUGGGAUCAGUGUCGCUGCUGUCAUUGGCAUUAUUUCAGAUAACAAGGUUUACUGGUAUGAUGCUGCCUGUCUCCUGCUGGUCUAUGGCGUUUACAUUGUGGUUCUGUGCUUUGACCUUCGCAUCAGUGAGUUUGUCUUGAGGAAGCUGAGUCCUUGCUGCACGUGUCUGGGUUCAGGUUCUGGUGAAAAGAUUGAGACACAGCGUCUGCUGGGCUGGAAUGACGACACCAGCUUGCGAGUCCACAGUCGCUCCAGAACAGACAGUGGGAUCUUCCACGACGAGUCGGGAUACUCUCACCUGUCCCUCAGCCUACACGGACUCAAUGAGAUUCCUGAAGCAGAGCAUAAAAGUGUCUUUGCCGUCCUGGAGAGCGACCUGAAAAGGAUUCUCUGGGUACUGUCCCUGCCUAUCAUCACUCUGCUUUUCCUCACCAUCCCUGACUGCAGGAGAAGGUUCUGGAAGCAGUGGUUCAUGAUCACUUUCCUCAUGUCAGCAGUCUGGAUCUCAGCUUUUACAUAUGUGCUGGUGUGGAUGGUCACUGUAGUCGGGAAAGCUGAUAUGGCCAUGUCCAACAUCGUGGGCUCUAACGUGUUUGACAUGCUGUGCCUGGGUUUGCCUUGGUUCAUCAAAACUGCCUUUGUGGACACAAACAACCCUGUAGAGGUCAACAGCACCGGACUGGUCUUCAUUUCCUCCACACUUCUCCUUUCAAUCGUCUUCCUUUUCGUAGCCGUGCACAUCAACGGAUGGAAGUUGGAUUGGAAGUUGGGAAUCGUUUCGCUCAUAUGCUACAUCCUCUUUGCCACUCUGUCCAUCCUUUAUGAGCUGGGAAUUAUUGGGAAUAAUCCCCUAAGACUGUGCAGCGACUGAGAUCUGACCUUCUCAGGACUAAAGCCAUAUUUUCUGAGACAAAACAAAAACGUUAAGCUUUUAAAAAUUUACAAAUAUCAAGUUUCUUCGGCGCACAUACCUGAUGGUCACAUCUCAGUGAACUAUUGGUAAUAUAAUUACCAAAGGUGGCAGUGUUCCUAGGAUCCAUGGGCGUGUUCACCAAGAUCCAGACAAGACCA